GCUCGAGGUUCGCCUCUGCCUCAUCUCAUAAUUCAAGUCAAACCAUGAUCUAAGCUGUGAGCUCUGUGGUGCGAUUAUGGAGAGCUGGCAGUGUCUGCUGCUGCUGCUGCUGACUGCAGUUACUUUAAGGCCUUGCCCCGGAGAGCCGAGGGGAAAUGAUGAUGGCGUCGACCCCAUCUGCCUUCUGAGAAAUAUUUACAGCAGGCUGCUGGUGAGGGCCGAGCCGUUUGUCAGGGACUCUGCGCUUAAAGAGCUGAGGCGCCCAGCGGACCCUGCAGGCACACAGCAAACUGAGGGCAGAGUCGGCGCUGAUGGGCCGGUGGUGUUUACCAAAAACGGGCAGAUCCAGGGCGUUACUGUGGAUAAGGCCUACGUAUUCUACGGGGUGCGCUAUGCAGACCCUCCAGUCGGUGCCUACCGCUGGAAACCCCCGAGACCUGUGAGCCCGUGGUCUGGGGUCUACGAUGCGUCGUUCCCUCGGCCAGCGUGCAUGCAGGUCUGCAGUGGAUCCGAGUGUCCUAAGAAGGUCAGCGAGGACUGCCUCUUCCUCAACAUCUUCGUGCCUCUAGAUCUCAACUUCACCUCCCCUCUGUGGCGCCCCCUGCCCGUCAUGGUGUGGAUCCACGGGGGUGACUUCAUAGCCGGCUCGGCCUCCAAGCCCGUGUAUGAUGGACGCUUCAUCAGCAACUUCACUCGCACAGUUGUUGUGAACGUGGAGUACCGACUAGGGGCGUUUGGAUUCCUGGUGUCUGGUAAAGAUCCUCUGUCCUCUGCUACGGGGAAUUACGGGAUGCUGGACCAGCAGGCAGCGCUCUUCUGGGUGCAGCAGAACAUCGCAGCGUUUGGGGGUGACCCGAGCAAGGUCACGAUAUUUGGAGAGAGUGCCGGCGCCCAGUCGGUGAGUCUUCACUUGAUGAUCCACAGCAGCAAACCUCUGUUUAAACAAGCCGUCCUGCAGAGCCUGCCCUUUUCCAUCCCACUCAAGACCAGACAUGACGCCCUGAGGCUGGGGAAAGACUUCGCUAAAGAGACCAACUGCUCGGCGAGCGACUUCGUCUGCCUGCUGUCUCUCGCUCCGCAGGCCGUCCUGGCUGCACAGAUGAAAACAAGUUCUAAGGUCGUGAACCCGUUCAGGUUCCUGGAGGUUUUCGAGACGUGGGGCCCCCACAUCGACGGAGAGCUGAUUAAAGAGCAGGCCAUCGCUGCCUUCCAGAAGGGUGACUGGCAAAAAGAGAAGGCACUGCUGCUCGGAACAACCUCUGAAGAAGGAGUGCUGUUUGUUUACGGCGUCUUUGGCAAGCCAGUGUCCGUCGUGGAGGCCACUGUGUACAUCGCGGCCAUCUUUAAGCAGCACUCUCUGAGGAUCCUACACAAAUACCUGCCGCUCUACAAGGAGGCUGACCGCAGAAACAUGCUAACGCAGAUUGUCACCGAUUACGUCUUCCUGUGUCCAACCAGGAGGUCGGCGCGUGCCGGAGCAACUGCUGGCAGUCGGGCAUGGAUGUACGUGUUUGACCAUGUGGCCUCAGACCGCAGUGUCUGGUCCGGUCUCACGUUCUGCUAUGACCACGUCUGCCACGGGGCAGAACUUCCCUUUCUCUUCGACUCUGCCCCGGUGGCCAACUACUCCUUGACCCUGCCUGAAAAGCUCCUGUCUAACCGGAUGCUGUGCUACUGGGGGGCUUUCGCACACACCGGCGACCCAUCGUCAAGGGUUCAGCAGACGGUUUUCUGUCGCGAGCAACGUCUUCCCGUUUGGCCACGCUACUCUGACACCAGUGGCUGGCUCGUCAUGAACCUGACGGUGCGGUUGCAUGCGCAAGUCGGAACCAGGAACCAUAUAUGUGACUUCUGGGACCAGCUGGGCAUCUACUAGCUGGUUCCAGCUGGUACAGAGAGAUUAGGUUGCAUCUCUAUGGACAGCAUUUUCAAAUUUCACAACUUAGGAAAGAAGCCAGGAAACUAAACUUGUUCAAUGAAGAUAUCCAAACGUAUUUUAUCGUCUCUUCCUAAGACUUUGAUAGUGAAAAUCACGUGAACAAGAAAGAAGAACAAUACAAAUGACUUCUAGAAAUGUGCAGGGAUGCCAUUUGUGUCAUAAUCUGUGGUGUGCCAUGCUAACUUGACCCUACCAUGCCAAAGUCAACAUACAAUAGGUUAUCAACUAGUCAAGUAAUUUUAUGCAAUGGCAGUAGCGACAAUGCAAUGGUUCUUUCUAUGCAACAAAACAUUGUCAGAAUAAAGCUGGACAAACAAGAAGUUAUAGACCUUUAAAAGUAAAAUUAUUAGACAAUAGCUUUUACUUUGUCAAUUAGAC